UUUAUGAGGUUUACUAUCAUGGAACAUGUAUGGAUGUACAUGAUGCAAGUUAUGAAAAGCAGAUAUCCUUCUUUCUGUCGAAACCCAUCCUCGCAUCUUUUUCUCUCCGUAAACACACAAAUUAAUGGAAGUAUCAGUGUCUAACAUUGGUGUUGUUUUGGUGGGCAUAAUUGUAACUGCAUGGGCAUGGAGGGUGGUCAACUGGUUAUGGCUGAGGCCAAAGAAGCUAGAAAGAUAUCUGAGGCAGCAAGGCCUUGCCGGAAACUCAUACAGGUUUUUGGUAGGAGACUUGAAAGAAAGAACCAUGAUGCUAAAACAAGCAUAUUCUAAACCGAUGAACCUCUCUCAUGAUAUAGCCCCACGAGUCCUCCCUUUUGAGUACCACUCGGUGAACACUUACGGUAAGAAUUCUUUUAUUUGGGCGGGACCAGUACCAAGGGUGAACAUUGCUAAUCCAGAAGAUUUGAAAGACAUCCUAACAAAAAUUGAGGAUUUUCCAAAGUUGAAAUCAAAUCCAUAUGUCAAGUUGCUAGUAACAGGUACUGCACACUAUGAAGGUGAGAAAUGGAGAAGACACCGAAGAAUUAUCAAUCCAGCAUUCCAUUUAGACAAGUUAAAGGGCAUGCUACCAGCAUUUUACCUAAGUUCUAGUGAGAUGAUUAAGGAAUGGGAGAGCUUGGUGUUGAAGGAAGGUUCAUGUGAGUUGGAUGUCCGGCCUUGUCUUGAAAAUUUGACAGCCGAUAUGAUUUCUCGAUCAGCAUUUGGAAGUAGCUAUAAAGAAGGAAGAAAAAUAUUUCAACUUUUGAGAGAGCAAUUACAACUUGUAACAAAAGUUAUACAAAAUGUUUACAUUCCGGGAUGGAGGUUUGUACCGACCAAGAUGAACAAGAAGAUGAAAGGAAUUGACAAAGAGAUAGGAGGGCUACUCAUGGGUAUUAUAAACAAAAGAGAAGAGGGGAUUAGGGCAGGUGAAGCCACAAAAGAUGACUUGUUGGGUAUCCUCAUGGAGUCCAACUUGAAGGAAAUCAAGGAACAUGGGAAUAACAAAGGAGUUGGAAUGAGCAUGUAUGACGUGAUCGAGGAGUGCAAGUUGUUUUACUUUGCAGGGCAGGAGACCACCUCAUUGUUGCUUGUUUGGACAAUGGUUUUACUAGGUCAAAACCAGAUUUGGCAAGAUCGUGCAAGAGAAGAGGUUUUGCAGGUCUUUGGAAGCAACAAGCCAGACUUUGAUGGGAUAAUUCAUCUAAAAGUUGUGACCAUGAUUUUGCAUGAAGUCCUGCGAUUAUACCCAGCACCUCUUCUUGUUCGAACCACUAGCAAGAAAACAGAAUUCCGAAACUUUUCAUUACCAGCUGGAGUCGAAGUUGCCUUACCAAUGCUACUAAUUCACCAUGACAGAGAACUUUGGGGUGAUGAUGCACAGGAGUUUAAACCCGAGAGGUUUUCGGAAGGUGUUGCGAAGACAACAAAGAACAAAUUUACGUACUUCCCUUUCUCGGGUGGUCCGCGGGUUUGCAUCGGACAAAACUUUGCUAUGGUGGAAGCAAAACUGGCCAUAUCGUUGAUUUUACAGCACUUCACAUUUGAGCUUUCUCCAUCCUAUGCUCAUGCUCCUUCUGCAAAACUAAUCCUUCACCCACAGUUUGGUGCCCAUAUCAUUUUACACAAACGCUGAUUCUUCUGAGUUAGAAGUUGUCACUGAAUUGUUGGAUAUAUAACGUGUAGUGGCUAGGAGAAGGGUGAAAUAUAUAUAAUUUACUUCAAGUACGAAUGAUAUGUGUUAUCUUGCGUA